AUGGGCUGUGGGAACUGUAAGGUGAUGCCUGAGGCAUCAAAAAAGGGCUGUGUAAAUGUGAUGCAGUCACUUGUGGCCUUCAGCAAAGCACGUGAAGGUGAUUAUAAUGAGCCAAAGAAGCGUCUGGAGAAGCAAAGAAGCUUGUGGCUUUCUACCACUGUUAAGAAUUGUCAGCCACCAUCAGACAGCCAAGAGCAGACACACAGUGACAGACAACAACAGGACAAAGCUGCAAAGUAUAAGGACAAGUUUGACCCACGUGUGACAGCAAGGUACGAGAUCAAGGCUCUGAUCGGUCGUGGAAGCUAUAGCCGUGUUGUGCGUGUGGAGCACAGGGCAACUUGCCAGCCCUUUGCCAUAAAAAUGAUGGCGGUAGAGGCCCCAGAGGCCCGUGAGGUGUGCACCUCUGAGCUUGGUGUGUUGUGGCGGGUGCGCCACGCUAAUGUGAUUCAGCUGAUCGAGGUGUUUCAGUUUCCACAGCGGGUUUACAUGGUGUUGGAACUGGCAACAGGUGGGGAGCUGUUGGACCGUGUUAUCAGCAAGGGCCACUUCACAGAGCAGGAUGCCACCCAAUCUCUCCAGAUGGCACUGGCUGGGGUGGGAUACCUGCACAACCUGGGUAUCACCCACAGAGACUUGAAGCCUGAGAAUCUUCUGUACUACCACCCUGGAGAUGACUCCAGGCUGCUGGUCACGGACUUUGGACUGGCCACUUUUGGCGGCACAGACAUGGGCUCUGAGGUUUCUGGCACUGACAGAAGUGGCAGGGGAGAUACUGGAGCAGACUGCUCAUGGCCCCUGAAAACCACCUGUGGAACACUGGAGUAUAUGGCCCCUGAAGUGUUGCUGAGGAGACCCUAUUCCUGUGCAGUGGACAUGUGGGCCCUGGGGGUGAUUGCCUACAUUGUGCUGAGUGGAUCCAUGCCAUUUGAGGAUGAUGAUCACACACGGCUCUACAGAUCCAUUGUGAGAAGAAAAUACAGCUUCCACGGAGAACCUUGGCCCUCUGUGUCCAACCUGGCCAAGGACUUUAUCCAGCGCCUGUUGGUAGUGGACCCAGGCACCCGCCUGACUGCUGACCAAGCUAUACAUCACCCCUGGUUGGUCACCAUGGCAGCCAGUUGCUCCAUGAGGAACCUUCAUCGAUCUAUUUCUCAGAACCUCAGGCAGCGGGCAUCACGCAGCUCCUCCCGGCGCCUAAGCAGCACCACAGCCUCCAGCUGAACCUGGGAAGGCGACUGUCACUGGAUAAAAACAGGAGCAGCAGGGCAUUUGGACUGAGUCAGCCUCAGCGAGUCAUACAGCAUUCAUUAAAUAAUCCCAGAAUAAUAGGAAGGCCAAUGGAGAAAUGGUACCAGCUGCAACUCUGAAGUUUAUUUGUCACAGCAUCUGACACACGUGGGACAAAAAUGCUUCCUCAUUUCUCUGGGUUUCAUUCAGGCUUCUCUAAUAAUCCUGGUUCCCCUGAAGGCAGAGUUCGAUCUUCUGUUAUUUUAUCUGCGUUGCGUUAGUGAAUACGCCUCAGUUCUGAGUCCUGGGCCUAUGCUGAGACAGAGCUGUCAGCCUGCACAUGGUCUCUGUCCCUGGCUAUUCACACAUCUCCGACUAAUGGCUUCAAGGGCUCAUCUAGAUCAUUUUGAAUCACUACAUUACCUGCAUGUGAAGAGGUUCAUUGCGAAAAAUGAGAAAUUCAUUGUUUGAGGAAAGGGAGCUAAUCUUAGCAAGGAUGAUGUAAAAGUUGAAGAAAAUGUGCUUCUUCCAGUCUUUUCCCUCUUUAAACUGUAUAUACAACAAAUAUACUGUACAUACAGGAUGCUCUUUGUAUACCUUUGGUCUUUCUUAUUGUCCUGUAUCCUGUGAUUUGUCUUCUCUCUGCUCUUAAUGUUCUGUCUUCUGAGUUGCUGUAACUGAUGUCAUUAAUUGAUAUAACAUGGAAAUUUAUGUUUGAUCUUAGAAGCAGGGGUUUGACAAAAAUAUCUUAAGGCCCACUUACUUGCUUGUUUCCUAAGCUUUUGACCACUUCUCACUGUCUUCAUCAGCAGGAGACCAAUGACUUGGCAACCAUAUAGUAGAUGACCAUAAAGGAUUUUCACUCAAGGGCGACAUGUUUUAUUUUGGAGGUUUUAGGUUUGUUACAUCUCAGGAGAUUGCUCACUCACUCAUGAAGACCAUGAGAUGUGGCUGAAAGCUCCAGAAAAUGCUGGCGAGUGGAUUUGUUGUUAUUAUUAUUAGUUUUGUUAUUAUUUAUAAUAUGUUUCUUUCUUCCUUUCUUUUUCUCAAUCAAGUUUAGUCUUCAUUUGCUGAAAAAAUACAGCUGCUGCUGUUACUGAGUUCGGUUGGUUGCUGCUAACAGCAAAUCCUUUAAUCCGUUCUCACAGAUACAAGGCUGUAUUUAUCACAUUGCUAAACUGCAAAUAUGAAUGGUGUCACUGAGAGAAGCUCCCAGCUAGCCUCCAGCAGGGGAGUAUUGGAGAGUUAUUAAUAACUCUCAGUGGCUGCCCAUACUCAGUGACCUGAGAUCAAUGUCCCUUUAGGGAGACGAUGAGAACUGCUGGUGUGUUUUGGAAGUCAUUUGUCAGCAAGUUGAAAAACAGAGAGCACUGCUCUGUUAGUAGGAUGGUAGGGGGCAAAGACCAAAUCUCCUUAAUUUGCUGGUGCAAGCAACGUGUGGUCAUCUUUCUUUAUGUUUUGGCAGAUGCUCCAUAUUCUGCUUUGAAAUAAGCUACGAUAACUUUUUACACACAAAAUAAUAUCAGCCGUUUCCUGAUUUGUUUGCAUUCUUUCUUAUGCAUUUCACUUCAUAUCUGGUCUUUGGAUGCAUGGGCAAGAAAGAGGUGAUUUGUUAUGCACUUUUAUUUUAAACUCUGCAAACAUAAUUUCACUCCAAAACUGCUAAAGAAAUGUGAGUUGAAUUAAACCAACCAGAAG